AUGUCUAAGGACAAUUUGAAGACAAUUGCGGAUGAGGAGAAUGAAGAGAGGUUUGGAUAUGUGUUUGCUGUUUCUGGACCCGUCGUAACGGCGGAGAAAAUGUCCGGAUCAGCUAUGUACGAGUUGGUGCGUGUGGGUUACAAUGAACUGGUCGGUGAAAUUAUUAGGCUAGAGGGUGACAUGGCCACCAUACAGGUAUACGAAGAGACAUCGGGUGUGACCGUGGGCGAUCCAGUGCUCCGCACGGGCAAGCCUCUGUCCGUAGAGCUGGGGCCCGGAAUCCUCAGUUCUAUCUUUGAUGGCAUCCAGCGUCCGCUCAAAGAAAUCAACGAUCUGACUCAGUCCAUCUACAUCCCCAAAGGAGUCAACGUGCCGGCUCUGUCUCGUGUGUCCGAAUGGGAAUUCAACCCUCUCAACGUCAAGACGGGAUCCCACAUCACCGGUGGAGACUUGUACGGUAUCGUCCACGAGAACACGCUGGUGAAGCACAAGAUGCUGGUGCCUCCCCGCGCCAAGGGAACCGUCACUUACAUCGCUCCCCCCCGGGAACUACAAAGUCACCGACGUCGUGCUGGAGACGGAGUUCGACGGUGA